AUGGAGCCUAGAACAAGACACUUGCUGGCUAUAGACUUAUUCGGCGGCUUUGAUUAUAGCUUCUAAAUAAUAAAUGAAAUUGAGAAAUAGAAUAAAGGAGAAUUGAGAUAUGUAUUCUCAACUAAAGACUCAUAACUGAAUGACCAAACUAUUGAAACUUAGAUUAAAUGGAAAAAGUAAAGACCUAAUCUGUAAUUUAUCUCAUCUGGAAUAUAGAGCGUAAAUAAAAAUGCUUCAAACAAAAAUCAACUAAAGGACCUUCAAACCCUAGAACUUGGAGAUAUAUGCAUAUGUUGUUUAGAAAGCCCUGGUCAUACACUAGACAGUGUAAGUUUAGUAAUUACACAUGUGACUCCAGAAAGUACUAAGAUACCUUUCUUGUUUACAGGGAAUAGUCUUGAAAUAGGAGGCUGCGGAAAAAUAAUAGAAGGCACUGCUGAUUAGAUGUUUUAUAGUUUACAGAAGCUCAUAAAUUUACCUAAUGAAACUUUAGUUUUCAAUGCUAACGAGAAUUCUAUUGAAAAUCUAAGAUUUGCUAAGCUUAUUGAGCCAGAAAAUCCAAUGAUUGACUUUAAGCUCAAACAAUGUUAGAAAGCAAUAGAUAGUGGAGACUUUACAGUUCCUUCAAAGUUAAUGGAUGAGAGACUCUAUAACCCAUUUAUCAAAUGCGCUAGAGAUGAUUACUUUUCAAAUAUUACAGGUGAAAGUGACCCAGUGAGAAUAUUUGCUAAAUUAAGAAAAUUAAGGGAUAAUUUUUAAUGA